CCCGAUCAGCAGUUACCUGGACCUUGGAUCUUGUCGUCUAGACUUGGCUGAAGCUCCGUUUGGUAGUAACGAUCCAUUCUAUCGUCGAAGAAUCCGAGAAAGAACGGACCAGAAAACUCGUUAGAGAGGAAGCGAGAUGCCGAUAAUGGAGAACCUCAGGAAGUUUGUAGCACAAGAGCCUGUUGUCGCUGCUUCUUGUCUCAUCGGUGGUUUUGGUCUAUUCCUUCCAGCUGUUGUAAGGCCCAUGUUGGAUAAAUAUGAAACAAGCAAGCCAGUUAAUCAACCUGCAUUAAGUGAUGUGGUUGCAGGUGUGACGGGUAAAAAAUAGGUGUGAUAUCUUUCAUUCAUGCAAUUAAAAGAAUUUCAAGCACCGCCGCCAGUCUCUCUUUUUCUCUCUCUUUUUUCAUUUACCCAUUUCGCUUCUAUUGUUCCACCGUUUGAAUAAAAGCUGGACUUUUUAGAUUGUGGAACUUUCAGAAGCAUUUCACUUUGAAACAUCAAAACUUUUUGUGCAAGUUCUCAAUCUGGAAGUUAAUUGCACAAUAUCUGUAACUGAGUAAACUGACUGACUCGUGUUUAAGCUGGAAUAGAUAAGACCAUCCACUGCAUUUUUGGAUCCCUAUGAUUAUUCCAUCUGCUUCUCUUGUACACACUGUUUCUGGGCCUCAUGUUGGUCUCCCAUGAAGAGUCGAAAUGAGAAGUAUUACACUAUUACUGCUUC